CUCUCAAAAAGCCACAGAGCAAAAAAAAAAAAAAAAAAUUCCCAAACAAAGAAGAAGACGAAAGCGAGAGAGAAGGUUUAGGUUUUCCAAUGGCGACGACGACGGGACACGAGAGAUCGAAGGCUCUUUACAAUUUCUCGUUACCGAACUUAUGGGGCACUCGAAGACAACUAAGGUGUAUGAAGGCCGCUGAUGAUUCCGACGGUGGUGGUCGCUCCGGCGGUGAUCAAAGACUCCGACGCCGAUCGUCGAAUUCCGAAUUAGAUCAUCGAAAUCAACGGUCUCAGGUCGAGGAAUCUUCUGAGAAAGAAGGAAUCGAAGAGUUUAGGGAGAAGAUUAUGUUAGAUCUUAGAAACGUUGCUGAUAAGAUGACCGAAUCGAUUUUUAGGGAACAAGUCCUCGUCGGCGACGACCCGGAACCAGAGACGGAGAUGGAGAUGGAGAUGGAGGAUUCUCCUCCUCCUCCGCCGCCGGAAGCGCCGGGAGCAACGGUGGAGGAACGGCCGUGGAAUUUGAGGAAGAGGAGAGCUGCUUGUAAAGCUCCGAUUCCGAGGAUGGAUUCGAAUCAGUACAAAGGGUUAGGGAUUGAGGAGAACAAACGAGUAGUGAAGGAUUCGGUUUCGAUGAGAUUGGAGUAUACGUUGUCUAAGAAAGAGAUUGAAGAUGAUUACAUGAAGAUCUUUGGGCAACGACCACCGCGUAGGCCUAAGAAACGAUCUCGAACCGUUCAGAGACAGAUGGAUUUGUUGAAUCCAGCUUCUUAUAUAACUGAAAUUACUGAGGAGCUUUACAAUGUUCGUGACCCAGCUGAGAGGGGAAAGAGAUGAUGAUGAUGGAUUGAGGAAGGAGUUUCAUAGCCUUAAUUUGCUGACUUGUGGGAUCGGGUUGAAGUUUGUGAAUUGGUCUUUUUUUUUAUUUUUAGUUAUUCAUUGUUUAGUUUUGGGUUUCUUGUUAUGUUCAUUAGCUGAGAAUAACCUGUACAAAUGAUAUGGGAACAAAAAGUAGGUUCUGUUUCAUUAGAACAUUACUCUUUUGUUUUUUCA